CGGGGCGGCGGGGGAGCCGCUGAGCGCCGCCGCGCAGCGCUGCGCGCCAUGCGGAGCACGCCGCUGGCCGCGGGCGAGCCCUGGCCGCGCCUCUGCGCCGCCGACCUGGGCGGCCUGCGGCGGCUGCGGCGCAAAGCCCGAGCGGCGCCGCUGCACGGCUGCAAAAGUUUCCGCGUGGAGCUCAAAGUGCUGGGCGGCCGCCGCCCGCCGGGGCUCCGCGCCCCUCCGCCGCCGCCCGCCGCGCCGCCGCCGCCGCCAGCCUGGGAGCCGCGCAGCGCCGCGCUCUGCGCCGCGGCGGCGCCGGGCCCCGCGGCCGCCCGCCCGCCGCCCGCCGCCUCGCCGCGCCCGCGCCCGGCCGAGGCGGCCGGCGUCUCGCCGGAGAUCAAAGCCCUGCAGCAGACGCGGCGGCUGCUGGCCAACGCCCGCGAGAGGACCCGCGUCCACACCAUCAGCGCCGCCUUCGAGGCGCUGCGCAAGCAGGUUCCCUGCUAUUCUUAUGGUCAAAAGUUGUCCAAACUAGCCAUCUUGAGAAUAGCCUGUAACUAUAUCCUUUCCCUGGCCAGACUAGCAGACCUGGAUUACAGCGCUGACCACAGUAACAUGAGCUUCUCCGAGUGCGUGGAGCAGUGCACUAGGACCUUGCAAGCCGAAGGAAGAUCUAAAAAAAGGAAGGAGUAAUAACCGGGAAGGGGGGACUGGGAAGAGCUUCCAGCCGGAGAUGCACCUAGCCUUGGCGAAGGUUGCGCGAGCCAGAUGAAGACUGCAAGCGGCUUUUUUUUUUACGGCGUUUGGUUGCAGAACCCCCUUUUUCAAGACGGCGAUUGGCCAAGGAACUUUCUUCAUCUCUGGAACAGGGAAAAAACAAAACAAAAUGAAACAAAAAAAAAGGACGGGGAUGCUUCUUCUUGUUUUUUAAGCCAGCCACCUUUUAGUAUGUGCAAUUUAUUUAGCACUUUUCCCUUUGCUUAACUGGGAAACGUUCCCCUCUCGGCUCAUGUGUACAGUAAAUUUUUGUUGUUGUUGUUGUUGCUGUUGUGCCAAAGAUCGGAUGGAGCUUCCA